AAGGUCGGCUAAACUCUUCUGCUUUUGUUAUACGAUCUUCCCAUUUUCAAAAGGUGUAUUGAUUGUAAAGCUUUCAUUGAAAUGUCCUACAGUAGGCCGAACUCACGGGGAAGUCUACGCCACAUGACGCACACAGGCGUGGUCUGCACGGUCCUGUCUGACAGCACCAGGGCAGAGCUUGCUGUUGCAAAGUUCAGUUUGCAUCAGAAAAGAGGUGGGGCCCAGUGCUUAGCAAUAAAUACAGGAAACGGAGAGAUAUGGCACAGAAGGUCGGGAUCAACACACAGCAGCACCGACAAUAGAACGCCGUUCAUGUCAACACAUAAAAGGCGAACCAUUGAGAUCAUCGCGUACACAUCGAACAAGUCGAUUUAUUGGGUUCUCGUUUUGAACCGCUGUUCAAACGGAGUGGUAUGAAUGAGAACCUGGACGCUCAGGAGGAUGAGCUGCUGGCUCUGGAAAGCAUCUUCGGCCCCGAGGUGUUCGUGCGGGCGGCGGACGGGACGCGCGCGGCCGCCGCGGGGGAGCUGCGCGUGUCCGUUGAGCUGCCGCAGGACUUCUUCGUAGCUGUCAAAGACGGCGAUGCCUUCGUUUAUUACGGAGUCUCGUCGCUUCCAACGCUGACUCUCAGGUUCGAGCUGCCGGAGGGUUAUCCAUCCUCCAGCCCCCCGACGUUCACUCUCAGCUGCAGCUGGCUGACCGAAGCGCAGGUGUUUGCGUUGGACGCUCAGCUCGCUGCUCUGUACCAAGCCACCGGCGGCGCUGUUGUGCUCUUUUCCUGGGUGCAGUUCCUCAAAGAAGUCACCUUAAGCAUCCUAAACGUCAACUCUCUUCUGGUGCUUCCCUAUAACGUAAACAGCCCUCCUUGUUCUGAAGAUGUGACCUCCCCUGCUCCGAACCCUGGCAGCGACCGCGCCGACCGGGCCGCGGCUCCCAGAGACAUCCGAGACUCUGAGGGGGCGGCUGGCCUCGCUCCAGCCCUAAAGGAUCUAAUCGAUAAUCUCCCCGAUGAGGAGGAACCCUCAGAUGGGGGCGGUACGACCGCUCGGACUGUGAACAGUCCUGAUGAUGAUGAUGAUGAUGAUGAUGAUGUUGAUGAUGAUGACACCGCACCUCUCAGCUCAGAGAGUACAGACGGCGUUCCCGCCUUAAACCAAAGCACCUCAAAACCAGACGGCAGCUCACGUGGGGUGGCGGCCCAUCUCCCCGAGGCCUGCGGCCGUCCCUGUUCCUCCUCCUCCUCCACCCCUCCGGCCCCUCCGGCGGCCCCCGCCCCCCCGCCGCGGGCCCCCUCCUCCUCCCAGACUCUGCUGUCCGUCAUCCUGCUCCACGACGCCGCCCAGAGGCAGCGGCGGUUCGCGGAGAGCGUGCGGGACUGCGGCGUGUGUCUGGCGCCCGUGCUGGGCGCCAAGUGCAUGCAGCUCAGGGACUGCGAGCACGUGCACUGCGAGCCCUGCCUGGCCCAGUACUGCACCGGCCUGAUCGCCGAGGGCAACGUGCGCGGCGUCACCUGCCCGCAUCCCCGCUGCAAGGCCACGCCCACUCCGGCACAGGUGAGGAGGCUCGUGGGAGACGACCUCUUCUACCGCUACGAACGUCUCCUGUUCCAGACCACUCUGGACUCGAUGACGGACGUGGUGUACUGCCCGCGGGUGUUCUGCGCCAGCGCGGUGAUCGUGGAGCCCGGCAGCGAUGUGGCCCAGUGCUCCGUGUGCAGCUUCGCCUUCUGCGUGGCCUGCAGACAGAGCUACCAUGGGAGGGGGCCCUGUCGGGCAGCCGGCCCCCCCAGGAGGACAGCCAACGAGGAGCGGGACUACGCAGACAUCCCACAGUCUCUGGAGGGUAUGAUGGCGCUCUGGGAGGACUACUGCAGUGGCAGCGCUCAGAGGAAGAAGCUGUUGGAGCAGCGCUAUGGCACCCGGGUCUUGAAUACCUCCAUGUCGAAUUACCUGAACGAAGGCUGGUACGUCAACAACGAAACCAAAAACUGCCCUUACUGCAAGGCCACAAUACAGAAAAAUGGUGGAUGCGACCAUAUGCAUUGUGCCGUCUGUGAGCGGCAUUUCUUAUGGGAAAAUCUGCCGAAUAACAAGUACGUACCGUAGCCAACAUUAACACUGUCCCUUACUUUAUACAGGUGGAUACCGUUAUAAUCUAUUGCUACAUUGCCAACGUUAGCAUUAAUAGUCGUUAUUUAGCAGUUCAGCCUCAAACUUUUUUCCUUUAUUCAGCGGGUAACUCUUGUUUUGCUUCUAUUUCUAUAAUUUUCUUGGCCACCAUGGACGAGAGGUUAGACUACGCCAUCUUUCUCAUCGUGUAGUUUUACAAAACGUUACGGGCAAGCUGGGGUGCUAGCUGGCCUAGCUGCUAACUCAAGUAAACAUCUGUAACAAUUGUAAUGGGAAAAUUAUAAAUAAUUAUAACUAUUUUAACUGCCAUUUGUUGAGUAUGUCUUUUGGCUGACAUCCUUGGGGUGGUCAAGGGUCAAAGAUAACACUAGGAACAGGUAGAGUGGCUAGACAAUGCAAGGAAUAGGAGACAGAGCAUGCAUGAUGAAGGGGAAACAACAUAUGAUUGACUUUACAUUACACUUUACAUUAAUGGUACAUUAAUUAACCAUUAAUUAACAUAAGUUAAUGCAGUAAUAAGCAUGAACUAACGAUCAACUAACCAUUAGUCGAAAUUUAAUUUAUGGAUUAUUAACCAUUCAUCGAGAUUGGUUAAGGCAGUA